UGAGAACUGAAAAUCUGCACGGAGCGACGGUAAAGAAAACAGGAUGAAGAAGAUAGUUCUGCUCGUUGGUUUGUGGAGUCUCCUCUCCCUCUCACAUGCUCAGUUGGCAGACACAACAGAUGCAGAAGGUGAGGAAGAAGCAGUUGACCUUUUUACCACUCCACGCACCAAGCUGGCUGCAGCAACCUCUGAUUUUGGCUACAACCUGUUCCGUCAGCUGGCAUCGCGUGACACCAAGGCCAGCGUCUUUUUAUCCCCCAUGAGUAUAUCAGCAGCCUUUACACAGCUAUCAAUGGGAGCGUCUGAACGGGCCGAGAAGCAGAUUUACAGAGCCCUUCGCUAUCACACACUUCAGGACAGUCAGCUCCAUGACACACUCAGAGAUCUUCUGUCCUCACUCAGAGCAUCAGCCAAGGGCUUCAAGUCAGCAGAACGCAUCCUUUUGGCGAGGAAACUUCGUCUAAGGCUGGAAUACCUUAACAGCGUUGAGAAGCAAUAUGGUGAACGGCCUCAGAUUCUUGCUGGUGGAGCCCGGGACCUCAAGACUGUUAAUGACUGGUUUAAACAGCAGACUGGAGGAAAAGUGGAUCAAGUCGUUCCUUCCCCUCUUCCUCGUAACACAGCUCUGCUGCCAGUCGGAUCUGCCUAUUUUAAGGGUAAAUGGAUAACUAGAUUCGGCAAACCUAAUAAGAUGGAAACCUUCAGGAGAGAUGGACAAGCACCUGCUGUUAUUCCCAUGAUGGAGCAGGAGAAUUACCCAGUGAAGAUGGGUAUCGACUCUGACCUCGGCUGCACGAUAGCCCAGGUUCCUAUGGAGGAUGGAGUGAGCAUGUAUUUUUUCUUACCUGAUGAGGUCACUCAGAACCUGACUCUAAUAGAGGAAGCACUUACAGCUGAAUUUGUCCAGGACCUGUCAAAUUCACUCCACACGGUGAAGGUGCUGCUCACACUCCCAGUUAUCAAACUCAGCUACAAGACAAACCUGCUGCCCUCCCUCUCUGACCUGGGUCUAUCUGAAUGGUUAGCAGAAACAGACCUUACCAAAAUCACCAGUCAGCCAGUCAAGCUGAAUGCAGUCCAUCAUAAGGUUGUCCUGGAGACAGCUCCAGAGGGCGCAGAGUAUGCCAGCACCACACCCAGUGCCACAGGUCAAUCGCUGGGUCUAUCGUACCGUGUGGACCGGCCCUUCCUUUUUCUAGUCAGGGAUGAGCCUUCAGGUGCACUUCUCUUCAUUGGGAAAGUGCUGAACCCAAGUGAUCUCUAAAGGGUAUGAGACAGAAACACACAUACACUCGCACUUAAAUGCACAGGAGGCACCAGCAACUUACACGAGCUCAUUUUAAACCCAAGUCUAUACCCAAAAUAUAAAUAUUUUCAUAUACAGUGGCCAUUUGGAGAAAAAUGAUCACAGCCAGCCGCAUUUUUAACAUGCUUAUGCAGUACACACUCAAACAUUGGUAUGUGCAGCAGACAUUCACAGUCGAGCCAUACUAAAAUAUUCCACUUGUGCCUUUGAUUUGGAAUAUUUUAUGCACAAGGCUCAGUGUAAAUGUUUUGGAUUUUAGCCAGAUGAUUUUAAUUCAUUUUGAUGAUUAAUAACUUGAUGCUCACAAAUAUAACUCAACCUUUAAGUAACUAAUCUUUUAGCAAACAUCCCUCAGGUAUUUACAGCUGCUAAUAAUGAUUAUGCAAUUAAUGGUAUGCAUCUCAAAAGCAUGUUGUUAUGACCAUCUUCUUUUCUGUAACGAUUUGUUUGAGUAUUUGAUACGUUUGCCUUAUGACUUUACUUAACAGUCCCUCAGAAAUGUUCAAAUUACACUCAAAUCAAGUUCAGAUCACAUUCCCAUAUGUACAUUUAUCACCAGCUAAGAUUAUACUGAAUUUGUAUAUUAUGUUGAUUCAAAUAAAGGAGAAAUACUUGCAAUCAG